AAAAAAAAAAAAAAAAUGAUUAUCAAAGAAGCAGAAACAGUGAAUCGAUUAAACCUUCCCUUUUUUACUAAGCUCUCGACACAGUAAUAUGACUUUGGCCGUCGAUCUUCUUAACCCCUCUGUUGAACACGAGAAGCGUUCUCACAAGCUCAAGAGACUUGUGCAAUCUCCCAACUCCUACUUCAUGGAUGUCAAGUGCCCUGGUUGUUUGAACAUCAGCACUGUUUUCAGCCACGCUCAAACUGUUGUCUUGUGCUCUUCUUGCGGUACUGUCUUGUGCCAACCCACUGGUGGUCGUGCUCGUUUGACUGAAGGUUGUUCUUUCCGUAGAAAGGCUAACUAAAUACAGUAAAAAAAAAGUUGUAUCCUUUUUUUUUAAUAAACGAAAACAAAAAAAAAAAAGAAGAAAAUAGUGUUUUUUCUUUUCUAAUGAA